UUCAUCACUUCGCAACCGGAUUCGUUAGUCCUUUCAUUAUUUCCUUUUUCCUUUUUCCUUUUCAUUAAUAAUUUGUCCCCAUUAACACUCCACCACACCCUCUAUUUCUCUCUAAAAAACCCCCUUUUUUUUGGCCUCCUUAACAUCAAGAUUCUCUGCUAGUUAUCAAUAUUGAGCUACGUUUUAAUCUUCUUUUUCUUUUCUUUUUUUAAGAAAAAGCAAUGGGACUCGACGAUAUCUGCAACACUGGCCUUUGCCUUGGUCUAGGCAUAGGCUGCCUUGUUAAGCAAGAAAACAUUUCCCAAUCGGAUCAUCACCAACAAAAGAAGAAGAAACCGUUCCUCAAACACGAUCAGCUUUUUCCAUCUCUUUCCUUAGGCCCAUCUCAUGACGUGCAUGGCCAUGGCGAGUCCAUUGAUUUGCACCAACGUCAAGCCUCUUCCCUCAGUCUCAGUGCAGUGUCUUCGUUUUCCAACUCCAGCGUUAAGAGGGAGAGGGAUUUCGGUGGUGAAGAGGUGGAGUUGGAGAGGGUUUGUUCGAGGGUCAGUGAUGAAGAUGAAGAGGGCAGCCCCAGAAAGAAACUUAGGCUCACCAAAGAACAAUCCGCCGUUUUAGAAGACAGCUUCAAAGAACACAGCACUCUAAACCCAAAACAAAAGCAAGGUUUAGCCGAACAGCUGAAUCUAAGGCCACGCCAAGUGGAAGUAUGGUUCCAGAAUAGAAGAGCCAGGACAAAGCUGAAACAGACUGAAGUGGAUUGUGAGUUAUUGAAGAAAUGCUGUGAAACACUAAAAGAAGAGAACAAGAGGCUUCACAAGGAACUGCAAGAGCUUAAAUCAUUGAAACUAACAGCAUCGUAUUAUAUGCAUCUGCCGGCAGCCACCCUCACCUUGUGCCCUUCUUGUGAAAGGGUCGACAAUGGGGGUGAAGCCCCUUCGACGUCGAGCCCUUUUACGAUGGGGAAGAAAUCUCACUUCUUCAGUUCCUACACUCACCCAUCUGCAGCCUGCUAGACAACUUGUUGAGACCAUAAUGAUCUGUACGAAGUAAUUAAAACCUUACUAGACUUUGUAUCUAUAUAUUUCUUUUAUAACUUGAAUAUUUUGUACAUACUAAGCAAAAACUGAGAAAGUUUUUGACUAGUUACGAUCUUAAGUGACUAUGAUUCAUUGAAGUUAGGGUAUAUAUUGUACUACGCAUAUAUAGAGAAAUGGAAAAUUUAUUUCCUUUUAAA